UGACUACUUCCUGCAUGCUAGCAGCUUUGUCCAGGAAGCUAACGACGGUUAUUGUUUGGACUAAAAAUCCGCGUUUAAGAUGGGAUGUGACGGAGGAACGAUUCCCAAAAGACACGAAUUGGUGAAAGGACCCAAAAAAGUUGAGAAGGUCGAUAAAAAUGCAGAAUUGGCUGCCAGAUGGAAAUACUGUGCCUUGAGCCAGGAGAAACUCAAACGUCCCAUCGUUUCAUGUGAACUCGGAAGACUCUACAACAAAGAUGCCAUCAUUGAAUACCUCCUGGAUAAGACUGCAGAGCGACCAAAUGCUGAGGCAGUCACCCAUAUUCGUGGUAUCAAGGAUGUUAAAGAGUUGAACUUGACUGAUAAUCCCGAGUGGGAGGGAGAAAGAAGAAAUGCCAAAGGGGACCGAUAUGAGGACAUCCACUGCGGCAUGUUCAUUUGCCCUGUUGUUGGGUUGGAGAUGAAUGGCAAGCACAGGUUUUGUUACCUGCAGACCUGUGGCUGUGUCUUCUCUGACAGAGCCAUGAAGGAGGUCAAGACAGAAAUUUGCCAUAAGUGUGGAGACCCGUUUAAAGAAGAUGACCUUGUGGUUCUCAACGGCACUAAGGAAGAAGUGGAGAAGCUGAGGGAGAAGAUGGAGGAGAAGCGGAGCAAAGCCAAAGCUAAGAAAUCAAAGAAGAGCAAAGCAGCAGAGACUGUGUCCACACCGUCAGAAUCUAAAGAUGACACACAUUCCCCUCAAGUUGAUGUAGCAGGAGGGAGCUCCCUACAAAACGGUGGUGAAAGCAGCCAGUCAGCUGUGGCCGGACCCUCGGGAUCCUCCAGCUCCUCUAAAGGCUCCAAACUUUCUUCAAGCUCCUCUAACAAAAGGUCCAUCCAAGAAACAGAGAAGUCUGAGGCCUUCAAAUCUAUUUUCACCACCCACAGCUCCGCCAAACGUACCAAAGAGCAGACAUCCAACUGGGUCACCCACACCCCCUAUCACUUCUAGUACCCAUCAGAGAAAAUUCCAACAUUUUUGCAUUGUUCUCUCAAAAACACAUGAAGAUCUCUCCAACAUACACAGACAUGACCUCUUAUAUUGUCACUAAUGUGUUGCCCUUUCCCGACUUGUCUCUUAGCCCCAGUAGUUCUGUGUUUACAUGUUGUAAACAUCUUGCUAAUAGCUCCCUGAGCAGUUCAGGCUCUCUGUUUUGCAACCCUUUUCCCUCCCACAUGGAUUUGGCUUUGUGCCUGUCCUCAGUCACAGGUGCUUUGAGGAUUGAUGCUGGACUGACUUUAUUCUCUUUGUCACUCUGCUGUCUCCUAGUGGACAGAAGACUGCUUUGUAGACUAAUCUCACCAUGGUUUAAUUGGGUUUAUCCUUGACCUUACUGUUCAGUUCAAGCAAGAAACUUUAUACUUGUAAGCAGAACUAAGUUUUUUCCCAAUUUAAUGUAACUAUCAUCAAUGAAUGAGUAUAUGUAGGUUGUAGAGUUUCCCCUUAAAAUAUCAACAGUAUAACCUGGCUCGCUUGUGACUUAGUAGAUUAUUUUUCAUCAUUUUGUUUGGGGAUUUUUUUAAGUAUCGAGUGCAGCAUAUUUAAGAUGAUGAAAAUACUAUAAAGAAGAAAACAGUUAAAUGCAUCUUGCCCGAUUAUGUGAGCUUUUGAUGCACACUGACAAAAAAAAACAACAGGUGGAUUAUAAAAUUAGACAAAGAGGCAUGCUUUAGCUUUGUGCUCCUAUUAGUUGUCAGUAUCAUAGGCUUUAUUUUUUCCAGACAUGAUGCUUUCACUUCUUUUUGGAAGAUCUCUGACCUUUGAAAUAAAAAAAUAAAUGUUUAUUGACCUCCACAAUUUUGACAAAUAUUCUUCAGAUAUAAAACUGAGAUUUGUUUUUUUUUUUGUUGCAAAAGUAAGGACGCUUUGAGAGGGCAUACAGCCAUACAUUUUACACUGAUCUUUUUCCCAUGAUAGAGAAUAUCAAUUGUGAUUUUUUUCUUGGUAUUUUGACCUGCAACAAGAAAACAGUGUUUUUUUUCCAUUGAGACCACUUUAUCUUAGCUGUUACUUUAAAGUCUUGUAAAAUCAAGAAAUAAACGUAUCCCUAAAAAAACUGAGGUUUUAUUUAGAGAUAUUGACGUCAGUCAAAAUCUAGAGAAAACAACAGGAAAUUUCUGUCUCUUUCUUUUUGUUGCAUGUGACAGAAAAUGUAAAAAAAAGUGAAAGUGAAUAUUUACUAAAUGUGUUAUCUGUGUAUUUGUACAGCAUACAAUGCAUCAGGAAAGUAUUCAGUGUUUAAUCAUUCUACAUUUUUUACAGCCUAAUUGGACUUGGAUGGAUUAAAUUCAUUUUUACACCUCAAAAUUCUACAUACAUUACACCAUAAUGACAGAAACCGUUUGGUUGAAACUUUGGCAAAUUUAUUUAAAAUAAAAAACAAAAUUAUAACGUGCGUAAGUAUAGUGUUUGCUCAGUACUGUUUAAGCAACUUUGGCAGCAGUUAUAGCCUCAAGCCCUUUUGAGUAUGAUGCUGCAUUCAUCUUUCCCUCGACCUUGACCAGUCUCCCAGCUCCUGCUGCCAAAAAACAUCCCCACAGCAUGAUGCUGCCACCACCAUGCUUCACUAUAGGGAUAGUAUUGGCCAGGUGAUGAGCAGUGCCUCGUUUCAUCCAGACAUGACGCUUGGCAUUCAGGCCAAAGAGUUCAGUCUUUGUUUCAUCAGACCAGAGAGUUUUGUUUCUUAUAAUCUGUGAGUCCUUCAGGGCCCUUUUACAGAGGAGUGGCUUCCAUCUGGCCACUCUGCCAUACUGGCCUGAUUGGUGGAGUGAUGCAGAAUAGGAUGUUCUUCUGGAAUGUUCUCUUGACAGAGCAGCGCUGGAGCUCUGUCAGAGUGAUCAUUGAGUCUUUGGUCACCCCCCUGACUAAGGCCCUUCUAUCAAUCAGACUGUCCGGGCAGUCAGCUAUAGGAAGAGUCCUGGUUCCAAACUUAUUGCUUUUACAGAUGAUGGAGGCCACUGUGCUCAUCGGGACAAUCAAUACUGCUUGUCCUCUGACAUGCACAACUAUGGGACAUUAUAUAGACAGGUGUGGGUCUUGCCAAAUCAACUCCAGUCAACUGAAUUUACCACAGGUGGACUCCAAUCAAGUUGUAGAAACAUCUGAAGGAUGAUCAGUGGAAAUAGGAUGCACUGGAGCUCAGUUUUGAGUGUCAUGGCAAAGGCUGUGAAUACUUAAGUACAUGUGAUUUUUUAGUUUUAAUUAAUUUGCACAAAAAAUCACAGUCAUUAUGUGGUAUUGUGUGUAGAAUACCGAGGUAAAAAUGAAUUGAAUCCAUUAUGGAAUAAAGCUGUAACAUAAAAUGUGUAAAUACUUUACGGGUGCACAGUUUAUUUCAAGCCUAGCUCACAGCCAGCCACCUUACCAACCUACACAAUGUUUUCAGUGCAAGGAAGAGCAGUAGUUGUCAGUGGUUACAUCAGCAGCAACAUCAACUCCCUGUUGUGCCUUAUAGAGAAAAUUCACACCAAAAACAAACUAUAAAAAGCGCUCAUUACAUUCAGUAGCUUACAUGUGUUUACAUGCAGAGGUGUGAAAAUCACAUCUGUUUGGAGGCUGGGUGUGCUGAUCUGGACUCCCAGCUGUCACAGCUUUACUCCAUAAAUGAGACUUAAACACACCAUCCUGUUGUUUGGUUGCUUAAACACAUGGUGAGGCUCAAAUGUUAUCUAGUUAUACAGGAGAUUAUUAAAAAUUUAGUUUAAGUCUUUAAAUUUAUUGUUCUGUUCAUUGUAUAUUUCACUGAUGGUUGAAAUGAAGGAUGGCAGUCUGUUGUAAGUCAACAGUACAUUUUCAAAUCACAGUAUUAUCAGCAUAGGUUUUUUCUGGUGAUAUUUGCAGACGAUAUAUCAGCGCAGGAACAGUGUUUCACUUUAUAAAAUGAUAAAUCAAGUUUGAUGUUUGAAGCAGAACCAACAGAGCUACCUCAGCUGAGUUUUUUUUCUUCACCCUCAUUCCUGAAACUUUAAAUUGUGUUCUAAGGACUGAAGUUUUAGGUAUGAACUACAGCUAGUUUAAUGUUUUGACAAGAAGAGAAAUUUUUGUGCUGUUUCAAGCUCUUUGUUAGAAGAGGAAGAAUAGGAAAGGUGUGUAUAUAUUGGUAUUGUGUCAGUAGCAGCUAGAAUUAGUUGGUAACUAUCUGCAUGUUGGAUAUUGGCAAAUAAUCUAACAUUGAGUAUUCCUAAUAGUGAUGACAUCUUUAGUAGCUCAACCAACCGCAAUGAUUGCUUGUCUGCUACUAGAAAACAUUCUUGAGUUUCCCUGGGAUCAAUAAAGUCUUAAUGUAAUCCAAUCUCCC